CAUUUUGACAAAAAUUCAUAUGUUUUUACUAUACAACGUAGACGAUUGAAGUAUGACGCUAUUCCAACUCGGAAUUUGUCAAUUACUGUAAAUGAAACAGAUAUUUCUCAGUGUAAUACAAGUACAAUUCUAGAAGAAGGUACAUUUGAAAUGGACACACAAUAUGAUGAAAUGACUGAAACAGUUGCAACCCCAUCUUUUCUUGAUAUUUAUAAAUCUUUUAUAAGUAAUAGUGCAGUUAAAGAAGAAAAUGCUAUUUUGGAAAACAAUGUAAAUAUUGAAGAAGAGAAACAACAAGAAACACAACCAUGUAACAAUGUCGGCCUCAAUAAAACAUGGGAAUUAUCGCUUUACGAAUUACAUCGCACUCCGCAGGAUGCGAUCACCGACAACACAGAGAUUGCGGUCAGUCCGCGGAGUUUGCACAGCGAGCUCAUGUGCCCCAUUUGCUUGGAUAUGCUGAAAAAGACGAUGACCACCAAGGAGUGCCUCCACCGUUUUUGUUCCGACUGUAUUAUUACGGCUUUACGGAGCGGUAACAAAGAAUGCCCUACAUGCAGGAAGAAAUUGGUUUCUAAAAGAUCUCUCAGACCGGAUCCAAACUUUGAUUUGCUAAUCUCAAAAAUUUAUCCGAGCAGAGACGAAUAUGAGGCUCAUCAGGAACGAGUUUUGGCUAAACUGAAUAAGUCACAUUCGCAAGCUGCACUUGUUAACUCUAUUACAGAAGGUAUUAAGUUACAAAGUCAGAAUCGUCCACAGCGUUCCAGAAAGAAUGCCAACGAAUCUGAAAAUGCAAGCAAUGCAACAUCUUAUAACAAUACACCAAAUAUUAGUGCACCUACAACACCAAAUCCGUCUACAAAUGUAGCAAAUCAAAGUGAUUCCUCUCAAAGUGCGACAGGACCUUUAAAUAGUGGAGGAACAACAUCUAGAAACUCUACUACACCGUCGCCAAAUCCUGCAAAUCAAAUCUCAAAACCAUCAAAACGGCAGAAAAGUCUACAAAAUUCUGAGAAUGAUUCCUCUAGUGCAGAAGCCGAGACUGGCGGUGGUGAUUCUAUGGUUGACACAGAAGGUGAAGGUCCUAGUGAACCAUUGAUGCUUAAUGAAAUUGAACUAGUCUUUAAACCACACCCUACAGAAAUGGCAGGUGAUAAUUCUUUAAUAAAAGCGUUGAAAGAGAACAGUAUUCGCUAUAUAAAAACAACAGCAAAUGCCACAGUGGACCAUUUAAGUAAAUAUCUAGCAAUGCGUUUAACGUUGGAUUUGGAUACUGAACUAUCAGAAUCAGAUAGGCUGUUAAAUUUUUGUAUCUAUAUCGCACCUUCACCUGGGCAGCUUGUGGUAUUGAGUGGCUCACAAACGUUACGACAAGUGAACGAUAAAUUCUGGCGUGUCAAUCGACCUUUGGAAAUGUAUUACUCAUGGAAGAAGACCUAGGGAAGGCCUCAAAAAUAUUUAUCAGACGGGAGCUAAUUGUGUCAACAUGUUUUGACGAAAGGAAUGAAUUGUCAUUCAUAUUAUAUGGAAUACAGUAGAAUAUAUCAAAUAUGAAAAAUACAUAUUGUUGUAUUGUACUGUAUUCAGUUUGAUUCAAUAUCAAGGUAAUAUUCAUAACAUAAUCAUCGACAAUGGUGCAAUUUUUACAUCUUUAAAGCCGGUUGCCAGUAAUAGUUUCAUUAAUAUAAGAAUUGAAAAGGCAACUAAAACUUUUUAUGAAACUGAGUGAUUUCAGCGGCAUUGUACAUCCCGAAUUGCAAUUACCAUUUCACACUAUACAAAAUAAUAUCUACAAAAUUUUAUGUACGUUUAUAAAAGGUAUAUAUGUUACAUUCACACAUAUACAUAUUUCAUCAUUUAAUGGUUUUAAUAGUCAUUAAUUUAUUUAAACGAUUCUUAAUCACGUGGACCAUGCUGUAUAGUUUACAGGAAA